AUGGUGACGUGGCCGCGCUUCGCCGACCAGUUCUACAAUGAGAAGCUGGUGGUGGAGCUACUCAAGGUUGGUGUCGGCGUGGGGUCUACGGACUAUGCGUCGAAGCUUGAGACACGGCGCGUGAUCGGCGGCAAGGUGAUCGCGGAGGCCAUCGGGAGAGUGAUGGGCGACGGCGAGGACGCGGAGGCAAUACGGGAGAAGGACAAGGAGCUCGGGGAGAAGGCCAGGCGCGCCGUGGCAAGGGUGGGUCAUCUUACAAUGAUGUUGGACGGUUAG